GAACAUUUUAAAACAAUUCCUAAACUCUUUGGUGAGAUGGCAGAUCGUUAUCGCGAAAGAAACGGAGGUUACACGCGAAUUCACCGAAUAGGCAAUCGUGUUUCUGAUAAUGCACCUAUGGCAGUUUUAGAAUAUGUUGACGCACCAGGAGAUUUAAAAUACGAAAUGUUAAUAAAACAACUUGCGCGAAAAGAACUUGACCCAUCUCUGAAGGUUCCGACCACAUUUAAUGACGCGGGAGUAUCACCAUUGAGAAAGAAGCGCGAAUUCAAAAGAUGGUUAGACAGACUUAAGGCACAAAGAAAAUUCGAAAAACAAGUGGAAAAAAUGAUGAAAUGUAAGAAAAUGACGCCAAAAGAUUUGGAUAGUGCAAUCUUGCAAGAAAUUCGUAAUCUUAAAAUUGCCGAUGAACGUAAAGAAGAUAUGAGGAUUAAAUACAAAUUGAGAAAGAAAGGUGGCCAUUU